AUGAACAACUUGCGCGAAAAAAUGGCUUCACAUAUUUAUGAGAACUUACCUCUUAAAAAACUUAAUAAAAAUUUAAGUGAAUUAUCUAGAUCGAAUAAAUUUGCAUUUCCAGACGAACAGAAGCGAAAAGUUACCAGUCCAGAAAUUCAAGAUUCUUUGGAAACUCUUCUUGAAACUAAGUCUGUCGCAAAGGCUGGCAAGAAAAGUGAAAAUCCAAAAGAUUUUGGAAGCACGGAAACCAUUAAGGCAAAUAAUGAAGAGAAAAGUUGUAGUAACCAAAAUGGACAAAACAAGAAAAUUCAGUCUACUCCAUUAUCGACAUUAGAUGAUGGGUAUGGUUCUUCAAACAGUACACCACAAGUAUCAGGCAAGUAG